GGAUAUAUCCAAGCCCCCCCUUCCGCAAGAUCCGCACGGGAGUUUUUAGGGUUUUUGCGCCGAACCCCAGCGCGGCCAGGCUCUCCCCUUUGGCCUAACAAAGCAGAACAAACACCUAGUAGUUCCCACCCCCACCCAUUUGGGUCUCUCGCCUGUGCUCCUCCAGUCCUCCUCCCUCUCCCCCCUCUCCAGCACCCGCGAUGCGGUCGCCGCCGUGGCGGCCGAUGGCCCGCCUCGUCCUCGCGCUCUCCCUCCUCUCGGCGUGGGGCGCGGAGGCCGACCUGGCGGACGACGCGCGGGCGCUGCUCGCGUUCCGCGCCGCCGUGGGCCGGCACCUCGCGUGGAACGCCACCGACCUCGGGAGCGCCUGCUCGUGGACGGGGGUCACCUGCGACGGCGGCCGCGUGGCGAUGCUGCGGCUGCCGGGGAGGGCGCUCGCCGGGGAUGUCCCGGCGGGGUCGCUGGGGAACCUGACGGCGCUGCACACCCUCAGCCUCCGGUUCAACGCGCUCAGCGGAUCGCUCCCGGCCGACCUCGCCUCCGCGACCGCGCUUCAGAACGUCAUCCUCAACGGGAACAAGCUGUCCGGGGAUUUCCCUCCGGCGAUUCUCGCGCUCCCGGGCCUCGUUCGCCUCGCGCUCGACGGGAACGACCUUUCGGGGCCCAUCCCGCCGGCGCUCGCCAACCUGACGCGCCUCAAGGUUCUGCUCCUCAAUAAUAACCGCUUCGUCGGCCAGAUUCCGGAGCUUACGGCGCAGCUGCAGCAGUUCAAUGUGUCGUUUAACCAGCUGAAUGGAUCCAUACCGUCCUCGCUCCGGUCCAAGCCUCGAGAGGCGUUCCUCGGGAUGACGGGGUUGUGCGGUGGGCCCUUGGGCCCUUGUCCUGGUGAGGCCUCCCCUUCUCCAGCACCGGCGGUGAAGCCGUCGUCGCCGACGACGCCAGCCACCGACGGCGAGAACAGUCCAAAUGGGGGAGAAAAUGGCGAGAAGAACAAGAAGCUGUCUGGCGGCGCCAUUGCCGGAAUCGCCAUAGGCUCCGUCUUGGGAGCCGCGCUUCUCCUAUUCCUUCUCAUUUGCCUCUGUCGCAGGUCCGGGCGCACCAAGACGCCGGCGCUGCAGAUGCCGCCUCCAUCUCCGACGUCUGCUCUUGUCGCCGGCAGCCGUAAACCUCCCGAGGUGACCAGCGGCGCGGCUGUUGCGCCCAUGAACACCGUGGGCCACCCUCAGGUCUCCCUCGGUCAGUCGACAUCAGGGAAGAAGCUGGUUUUCUUCGGGUCAGCGGCCAACGUGGCACCGUUCGAUUUGGAGGACCUGCUGCGCGCAUCGGCUGAGGUUCUUGGGAAAGGAGCUAUUGGGACGACAUACAAGGCUGUGCUUGAAUCUGGUGCUACCGUGGCCGUGAAGCGGCUCAAGGAUGUGACUAUGUCUGAGCCAGAGUUCCGUGACCGCAUUGCUGACAUUGGCGAGCUUCAGCACGAGUUCAUCGUGCCCCUCCGGGCUUAUUACUACAGCAAAGAUGAGAAGCUGCUUGUAUACGACUUCAUGCCCAUGGGGAGCCUCUCCGCACUCUUGCACGGUAACAGAGGGUCUGGCCGUACACCACUUAACUGGGCGAUAAGAUCAAGCAUUGCUCUUGCUGCAGCCCGUGGGCUUGAGUUCAUCCACUCUACAAGCUCCUCAACAUCCCACGGCAAUAUCAAGUCUUCCAAUAUCCUCCUGGCCAAGUCAUAUCAAGCACGUGUGACAGACAAUGGCCUCGCUACUCUUGUCGGUCCAUCAUCCACACCAUCUCGUACCACUGGAUACCGUGCGCCAGAGGUUACUGAUCCCCGCAGGGUAUCCCAGAAGGCUGAUGUGUACAGCUUUGGUGUUCUCUUGCUCGAGCUGCUCACAGGCAAGGCCCCCAGUCAGGCUGCUCUUAACGACGAGGGUGUUGACCUGCCCAGGUGGGUGCAAUCUGUUGUGCGCUCAGAGUGGACUGCAGAGGUAUUUGAUAUGGAGCUCCUGAGACAUCAGAAUGUGGAAGAACAGAUGGUUCAGCUUCUACAACUUGCUAUAGACUGUGUUGCACAAGUCCCAGAUGCCCGGCCAACAAUGUCACAUAUUGUUGUGCGGAUUGAUGAGAUCAAGAAGGCAAGUGAAAUUGCUGAAGGAAUUGAUCAACAGCAGAAUGCCUUAAAUCUUGCAGAUGGCGAAUAUCAGGCUGAAUCGGUUGACGGGCCUGCCCACUUCGCACCUUAAUCUUGAAUGACCUGAGAGAGGAGCCGGCUUACUGCUGUAGCCUGCAUUCGGUUCAUACAUGUGAUGAGUCCUAUCUUUUAUUGAGUCGGCUGUUUUUUUCAUCUUCUUUAGCAAAUAUUGAAUUCGGCAUCUGGGUGUUAGCCUGAUUGUUGCUCGGUAAUUCGUGGUGUUUAGGGAUCUAUGUCCAACUGUGUGAUUGCUUAAUUGCUCUGGUUGUUCUAGCUGAUUAGGUUGGUUUUAGCUAUCCAUGUAAUUACUCAAUCCAAUCUAUUGUUUGGAAUUCCUUGGCGAAAUCACCCUUGAGUUUUCUC